CCUGUUCAGAACGCCUGCUGCUCUACCGUGACCUUUCGAUUCAAAUAUUACGUUAAUCGAUAGUCAAAAUUUCAAUACGAUUACUUAAAUAGUUUAUCGAUAUUUUGUUUUCUAAAUGCUGAAAAAAUGUGAAAUAAUUAUAAAGACGUCGUUCAAUUAAUUUCAAAGUUUUGUGCGCAAACUUUUGAGUUACAGCUUUUGUUAUUAACUAUAUUUUUUGUGUUUUUAUUAUUUGCAAAAAGUGUAUUUGAAACUGAUCGUUGCUUAAAUUAAAAAUAAUUGUAUGCAAUGGAAUUCCAAAGUUAAAAAUACUGCAGGAUGUCAACUGAGGUACCCCGAAGCGCCGACGUAAUAAAAUGAACGAGUGUGUGGCGAACUAUCAAUAUAGGCGUACUUGAAAUGUUUAACUGAUAAUAACGAAGAUUAAAGUUAAACAAGGUGCUAUAUGAGACGUCGGAGGUAUCGAAUAUCAGGUGGCAUGGAGGUGAUUCUAUCAACAGGGAGCCGCAUUUUCGUGGCCUUUAUCGCCACCGCCUUCUGGGGAAUGGGAGUUCGAGGUCUUCACAAUUUGGAGAUAAACGUACCAAGCGCUGUUUUAGUGGGAGAGACAGUAACCCUCGAAUGUACAUGGCAGUUAGAAGAUGAAGAAACGCUUUAUAGUGUGAAGUGGUACCGAGGAAGGGAAGAAUUCUAUCGAUAUAUACCAAAGGAAUUACCUCAUACAAGAGUUUUUCCCUUACCAGGAAUUGAAGUCGACAUAUCGCGGUCAGGAGCAAGGCGGGUAGUCCUGCAAGAGGCGACACCGGCGAUGGCGGGUCGUUUCCGCUGCGAAGUGUCGGCGGACGCUCCCACCUUCCAUACGGAAAUACGCUCCGCGCCGCUAGAUGUAGUCGAGUCUCCGGAGUGGGGUCCUAAACUAGUAUCGGAUCGAUCGUGGUACGGGGUUGGAUCGACACUACGAGCCACCUGUGCUUCACCACCCGCACACCCUUCAGCGAAUCUUACAUUUGCACUUAAUGGUCUAGAAAUCGACAUGGAAUCAUUUGUGCACGAGUUACCGGAUUGGUUUAAAUGGGAUCCUCCAUCGAAAUCAGAAACGACUACGACGGAUCAGCCCGAUGACGAUAUCAAUUUCAACAUAUUUCACGACGAAAGUAAUAUUCAGUAUCUGGAUGAGUCUUACAUAAGUCUCCAUAAAGAGGAAAUCAGACGGCCCCAAAAGGAAGAUAAGAAGAUGGUAUUUGAAAGAUCGGGACCUGACAAUAGAUUGCCAUCAGUAGGCGAAGUUUUAUUUGUCGUUCGCAACGAGGCAUUCGUACGAGGUAGUCUGAGAUUGACCUGCAUAGCAAGUAUAUACAACCUGUAUGCGGCACGCGCCGAACUAAUUUUCGAUAUGGAGCAGCCAGAAGUUGCUUCGGUGUUGGGCGUCCGAAAUAGUGCUAUAGGUUCAAACGGCGUUUGGCGAUUUACAUCUUUUAUAUCUUUACUUUUGUAUAACAUUCGGUAGUUCUAUAAAAGUUAAUUUAAUUUAACCCAAAGCUAUAUCAUAACGGAAAUUCAUUUUUUCAUUCAUAUUGUACAAAAUCAUGUAACAUAUCGUUAGGUACUUCUAGACACUGUUGUCUUAAGAUUUCAUUGAAAAAAUUGUAAAUAAAAUUAGUUUUAGGUCUACAUGGCCAAAAUAAAUAUAAUACACUGAAAGAUGAAUUAGGAAAUUACCUAUUAUAUAAAAAGUAGGUGCCUAAGUAAAAUGUGAUGUACAAUUUAUAUAGUAUAUUUUAUGGAUUAGUUUUAUUUUUCAAAAUACGAUUGUCACUUUAUCCCUGUAAGCGAAGUUAAAUUUUAGAAACUAUAAAACAAAUCUAUACCUACCGUUUGUUUAAUUUUAGCAAAAUCUAAUAAAUGGGUUACCUAUCUUAGGCACGUAACCUUGUUAAAGACUGAUUACUUAUUUAUAAAUUCAAAUGUUUGGAGAGUGUUAAGUUUACCCUGUUUGCAUUUAUUCUAAUAAUAGAUUAAUGAUAUAUGAAAUAUUUUACAGGUUAUUUUUAGACUAAAUUAAAUCGUGCAUUUCAAAAAUUCUUUUUGAAAAAGUUUUUUCGUAAAAGUCAAAGAAGAGGAAUAUAUUAUCUAAGAUCUCUUGCACACACAUGCAUAACCUCAAUGCAGAACCAUAUGCAUAUAAGAAAAUGUAGGCUAAUGAUAGUUUUUCCAUGUCACGUAUAAACGGUAGCAGUUUGUCUCAACUUUGAACGUUUCCUAUAAGCGUGUGUGUGUACAUAUAACUUUUUAAAUCCCACGUGUGUUUGAUAUCUGAACAAAUUGUUCUUAUACGCCGUAUUGUUAUAUAAGUAAUAAUACAGACCUUGUGAGAAAAUUUCAAUUAAUUUAGGCGACUUAGAUAAAGCCAUAAAAGGGAAUACUUAUUUAAAUCAUGUUGGCAAAUUGUGAGACCUUUUGAUGAACUUCUAACUGUAAAAUUUAUCUCGAAUAUAUUUCACUGUACAUAAAAGACAGAAUGUAUUGAAAAUUAUUGAU